UCAAGAGCGGUAGCUCCCCCGGACCGGAGAUAUAGUUUACUCCAACCCGUCCCAACUAUAUCCGGCUAGUUCAGCAGAUAUGAUACUUCGAUAAACAUGGAAAAGUGAAAAAAGAAUAUAUUUACCAAAUCUCGAGAACUUUAUCGAGUUGUUUUAGUUUACUCUAGUGAAUCAUGUCGAAUGUAGUUAAAAUAAUUUUCCUACUUUUCCUAGGAGAAGGUGUCUGUGACCUCCAGUAUUUUCUCCGAACUCCCCGGAAUACAAGUGUUGCGGAGGGAGAUACAGCAGUCCUAGGUUGUCAGGUUGGAAACCUCCUGGGACGUGUUCAGUGGACAAAGGAUGGACUAACUCUAGGGUUUGAUCGAGAUCUGCCGGGGUUUCCACGUUAUCGAGUUCUCGGACAGGAUGAAGAGGGCCGAUACAAUCUCCAGAUAAGUGAUGCUAGUCUACUAGAUGAUUCUAAGUAUGAAUGCCAGGUUGGUCCUGCAAGUGGAAAUCCACCAAUCAGAGCUAGUGCAUACCUUACUGUACUUUUGCCUCCGAAGAAAAUCGAGUUUAUAGGACAUCACUCCGGGUCCAGGAUAGAGAGGAAGGAGAAUGAAAACCUGGAGAUUAGUUGUAAAGUAUCUGACUCUAAACCUGCAGCGGAGAUUGUUUGGUUGAGAAACAACAUUCCACUUGUUGACAACGUUGAAAUAGAAACGAAAGAGGAGGAUGGAUCAUUACCAAACCGUAAGACGGUUGUGAGUAAACUCAAGAUGACCGCCAAAUCUGGUGACAACCAGGCAACCUACGCCUGUGAGGCGGUUCACGGGGGCCUGCGAGGGGAAACCCGCCGUGUGAACUUUCUUCUUUCAGUACAAUACCCACCGGAGCGACCUGAAAUUAUCGGAUAUAUUGAAGGAGAAACAAUAAGGAUGGGACAAACUGUAACCUUGGUGUGUGAGUCCUACGGAGGGAACCCUCUAGCAACAAUUAUCUGGUAUAAGAACGGACAGAGGAUUGAUCAUUCCUACACAACGAUGGGUUCCAAGAGCAAGAACGUUCUAAGAUUUAUUGCCGGGUCGGAUGAUAACAAUGCAAAGUAUAGAUGUGAAGCUUCUAACAUUAUGGUCUCCAGUCCACUUGCUGCAGAGAUGGUGAUGUCAGUUCAAUUUGCUCCGGAUACAGUAACUAUCAAGGGUCCUGAAAUGGCUCGAAUAAAUGAAACUGUGACCCUGGAAUGUGAGACCUCGAACUCGAACCCAGCCUCCUCUAUCCAGUGGGUGAUAGGUGGGCGUAUUCUGCCAGCUAUCUACACCAGGAACGAUACCUCCGAUGAGGGUGGAUGGGUGACCAAGUCAAACAUCUCCUUCACUGUAUCUGACUCCUACAGGACUAAGAACGUCUCCUGCUAUGCGAACAAUUUUGCUCUGAGUACAACUAAAGUUCAAUCUCAUAAAAUCACAGUUCUAUAUCCUCCCGAUGAUUUAACCAUCACAGGGUACUCAACCGGAGAUAUAGUUAAUGAGGGUACGGAGAGAAGGAUCAAGUGCACGGCUGUCUCCGGUAACCCGCUUCCAACCCUAGAAUGGUUUUCCGGAGACACCAAAAUGGAAAACACAAUCCCGGACGUAGGAGAGAGUGAUUCCUACGUGAGCUCAGAGAUAUUUGUUAAAAUUGACAGAUCUGAUAAUGAUAAAGUUUAUGAAUGUCGGGGUGUGAAUGAAGCCAACCCGGAUACUCCAGUCACAAAAAGCUUCAAGAUGGCGGUAGAAUUCCCACCAAGAAUCCUUACAAUCACGGUAGAUCCCGAGAAACCUGUGGAAGGGAAAUCAGCAGUUUUAACAUGUAUCACGGAUACAAGUAGUCCUGGAGUUGAGAUGCAGUGGAGAUACAACGGAAAUAUUCUUCCCUCUACUGACUCUGUAUCCCGACCUGGACCCUUUGCCGGAGUUGUAACAACCAACCUUCUUCAUAUUGAUGUUACUACUAAGCAUGUCGGAGCUGUGUUCUCCUGCGAGGCUAAACAUAAUCCAUCUAUGACCACAGUUCACAAUUCUACGGUUCUCACCAUCAAGUAUCGUCCCCAGUUCUCCGGGGUUAAAACUGAGUUCCUGGUAGAGGAAGGAAAGAGUGCAGUGUUGAGUAUCGGAGUAAAUGCUUACCCGGAAGUAAACCUGGAUGAUUACAGCUGGGAGAAGACGGCCGAACCUUCCAUCUCCAUACCUAAGUUGAACAGAACGGUUCCUGGAACUAGAAUAGUCUCCGAGGGUGGAAGUUUAACGUUUAACAGCGUAGUACUCGGAGAUGCUGGGAUCUAUGUUCUAAAAGUAAAGAACGAGGUUGGAGAGAGUACUGUUUCCGUCAAAGUUGCGAUCCUGCACCCACCCAGAUUCCUGCCAAACACGCUAGUGAUCGAGGUAGAUAGCGGAGCUCCGGCGGAAAUCAAGUGUAACGUUGAUGCGACGCCUCUCACUGCUUCAACCCUAUCCUGGAAAAGACCAGAUUACAAGUUUGAGGAACGAGGAAAGAUAAGGCUAACGGACUCAGGAUCCGUCCUGACCCUCUUCAAUACGACUAAGAGUGACUCUGGGGUGUUCACUUGUAUCGCCAACAACGGAGUUCCAGCUUCAAAACCAGUUGAAAUCUCCGAAACCUUCUAUCUUCUUGUUAGACAUAAGCCGGACAUCGAUAAAUCUCCUGGUCUAUCCAAAGCUGGUUUCAACAGAGGGGACAAAGCCAAGCUACUCUGCAGAGCUACCGGAGCCAAUAACAUUACAUUCUUCUGGCAGAAGGAAGGUCAGCAGCUAGCUACUCCAACACAACAAUCUAAAUCUUCAAAAUAUACCGAAACAGUUUCUAAACCUGAUCCUCUAACCUGGGAGUCCUCCUUGUAUAUUGAAGAUGUUGGUUCUACAGACUACGGAAAGUAUAAGUGUGUUGCAACCAAUGUUCUGGGUUCGGACGAACAUACAAUCCAACUUAACAUAAAGAGCCAUCCUGACCCACCAGAGGAUCUACAAGCACUUGGGGUAACUUAUAAAUCCGUCACAUUAACCUGGCAACCUGGGUUUGAUGGAGGGUUUAAACAGAGAUACAGGCUCAGGAUGAGGAAGGAAGGAAGCGAGCAUUUCUUCACCGUAGACGUCAAGGAAGACGUGACAACCUUCGAGGUCGGAGAUCUUCAACCCAACUCCGAGUAUAGUUUCACUAUCAUGGCGCAUAACAAGAUAGGAGAGAGUAACUAUACUAGUUCUCCUGUCAAAGCUAAAACUGCAAGUGACCCUCCCCCGGGUUCAAGGGAUAGUGAGAUUAACUCCGUCCUCAGCGAGAAGGAAGACAUUCCUUUUCUAAUAAUUGUGACCGUCUCCGCUGUCGGAGUUGUCCUUCUUCUACUAAAUAUCGUCCUUGUCUCAUGUUACGUCCGUAGGAGGAUUACUGUAGCCGAGAAAAGUGCUCCGAACGGAGGAGGAAGCUCCAAUGCUAGCAGUAAAUCUGCUACUAUUGAGAUGUUUGUUGGGAGCAGUUAUAACGAGACUAUGGGGGAUACACUCUCCGAUGUCUCUGAUAGAUCCAGCAACUACUUUGCAUCGGACAUGGAGCACAGAAACUCACAUAUUCAGGAUGAAUUUGAUGACCCGCGUAUGCGAGGCCCUGGGAGUACAUAUCUUAUAGAUCAUAAUCCUAUCUAUUCAUCCCAACCUGGAAACCAUCCCCCCAGGUCCCUGGCUUCAGUUUACGGAACCCUACCCAAGCAGACACCUGGAUACUCAUAUGACGAAGAUCUCAGUCGACAAAGAUUCAUCCAUUCUCUAGGGGACCCAGAGCAGGACCGGAUUCCCCGAACCUACCAAACACAGAACCAAUAUCAGUAUGAUCUUCCACCACCUCCUCCUCCUCCGAUUGAGUUGCCAUACACCUACCAGAACAUAUAUCCAAGAUAUCUUCCUCCGAUGGAUCCAAACUGGAAAGGAGGAAGAUUUGGAGAUGUUUAAAAGAUCCUCAUCCAGGAUUUAAAUCCCUGGAUUUAACUCAGAUCUGGAUUUAACCUAAUUCCAGCUAAAUCUUGAGUUGUAUCAAUAGGUUGUCUUGUUAUACCAACAACAUGAUCAGGUUUAGCAACCAGAGCAAAUUUAAGUCCUGAGAAGGAUUAAACACUGGACUUAAUAUCCCUUCAGGGGAGAAGCUGGAUUACAGGAUAAACUCGAAGUUUCGAAAAACAUGUUUGUACGAAGUGAUCUUGAGCUUUUAAUCUUAACUCUAACUCUAGGAGAUGAGUAUCCUGACUAACCACACAGAAAAGUUUAAUAAAAUGGCGCUUCUCCAAUAUGAUUAAUUUUACAAAAUACAUCUCUCCAAAGAUAGACCUAGACCUCACUAUUUUCAGAUCUCAAACAUUAAAGAGAAUCCGUGCUACGUUAAUGAACCCAGAGGUGGAGUUUUCAGCUGCAUAAUUUGAAUUCAAACAUAAAAGAAACGCCGGGAGAAAUGUUGUUUGAAAGUUCUACCUCUGGGAUCAAAUAAUUCAAUUUAAAACCUCUGUGAUAUAUUUGUACUGUUAAAACUAAAUGUAUUGAUAUAAUUAAUAAUAAAACAUUAAAUAUUGUUGUCAAUAAAGCGGAAAAUUGUUUUUGUUAAA